CUAUGUUCCUUGCUCACCAUCACGAUCCCCAUUUUCACCUCCUCAAAACGUUCUUAACCCUCUACCCACUUUCCUGCUUACCCCGCCUCAUCAUAUCAUACAUACCCGCAAUCCUUUUACGUCAAUCCUGCACCGCAUAUAUCCUCUGUGAUUGCGAAAAACACAGCUGAACAGCACAACGCAAUUUAGCAAUCAAAUCUCGCAAGUAUCUCAGUAAAGAGGGAAAUCCUUGACCGAAUCACCGAAAAGAAGGAGAAAGUUGAAAGGUAUAUAUAAUCCUGAGCAAAUUGGUAAAAACAAAACACUAUUUCCAACAUCAUACACCAUGCAACUUUCUGUCCUUACCUCAUUAUGUUUAGCCACUUUGGCAGUGGUACAAGCCGUACCUCCUCCUCAUGUUGAAGAAAAGAGAAACAAUCAUUAUUUGCCCGCUCUCAAUGCAGCAUCUCAAGGUCGUAAACCUGAACAUCCCGUGAUCGGACCAAAUGGAGCCGUGGCAACAGAAGUGGAUGUAUGCAGUAAUGUUGGAGCAGACCUCUUACAAAAAGGAGGAAGUGCUGCAGAUGCAAUUAUUGGUGCAGCAUUUUGUGUGAAUUCGAUCGAUUCAUUCCAUAGUGGUAUUGCCGGAGGUGGCUUUAUCGUCUUACGUGAUGAAAAGAAACAACAUUCUGGUCAACAUGAUGGUGUUCGAGUGAUUGAUAUGCGUGAAUCAGCUCCUGCAGCAAGUAAUGAGACAAUGUAUUCUGCCAAUCCCAACAAGAACGCAAGUACUAUUGGAGGACUGGCCGUUGGCGUUCCGGGUGAAUUACGUGGUUUUGAAACAUUGCACAAUAAACACGGUAAAUUACCUUGGCAUCAAGUCAUUCAACCGGCAAUUGAGUUGAACAGAUAUGGUUUCAAAGUUACCAAUCAAUUGAGCUAUGCAAUCGAAGAAUACAAGGAUUCGCUUCUUUGCAAUACAACCUACUGGAAAGAUGUCUAUUGUCCAAAUGGAACGGCUGCCAAAUUGGGUGACACAAUCAAGAAUGAACGUUUAGCAACCACUUUUGAAAUCAUCGCAAAGAAAGGUGUUGAUGCAUUUUAUACCGGUGCAAUCGCAAACCGUACAAUCGAAACAAUUCGUAACGCAGGAGGAAUCAUGACUAUGGAUGAUUUGAAAGAAUACAAAGCUAUCGAUCGUGAACCGUUCUCGAUUGAAUUCCCGGAUAACAAACGAGUUUAUUCAAGCGGUGCCCCUAGUAGUGGCGCUGUCGUUUUGAGCGCUUUGAAAACAAUGAGCGAAUAUGGUCUGAAGGCGUUGGAAAAUGAUGGUGUCAAUUUGACGACACAUAGAUUGAUCGAAGCGACAAAAUUCGCAUACGGAGAAAGAGCAGAUUACGGAGACCCAUCGUACGUAAAGAAUGUCACGAGAUUGGAAAAACAUGCUUUGACAGACAAAGAUUGUCGCAAGAAAAGAAGUUUGAUCUCUGACAAUUCUACUCAUCCAACAUCAUAUUAUGAUCCAAAGAAUUAUACUAUUCUCACGGAUUCUGGAACAAGUCAAUUAUCCGCUAUUGACGAUGAUGGAUUGUCCGUUACUCUGACCACAACCGUGAACCUAUUCUGGGGCGCUCAAUUGAUGACGCCUGACGGUUUCGUCUUGAAUGACGAAUUGGACGACUUUUCUUCUCCCGGAUCAUCCAAUGCGUUCGGCUACACACCAACGGAAGCCAAUUUCAUUCGACCUGGCAAGCGUCCUUUAUCAUCCAUCAGUCCGGUAAUCAUAGUUGAUCUGAACAGUGGAAAGACGACUCAUGCAUUGGGCUCUGCUGGUGGUUCACGUAUCAUCACAGCAAAUAUUAUCAACACCUUCAAUGCUUUACGUGGAAUAGAUCUGCAAAAAUCAAUCGAUAUGCCUAGAUGGCACGAUCAACUGUUACCUGCCACCACAUCGUUUGAAUGGCAAAAUACCACUUCACCAACGAUUCCCAAUUGGAAAGGAUUUGAUAAUUCAACAGUUGCAUUUUUGAAAUCUGUUGGUCAUAACGUUUCUUGGGUCGCUCCUGGCUCAAGUACCGCUCAAGGUGUUUAUCGUGCAAAGGAACAUCAACAAUACCUCUACAAAGGUGCAUAUGAGAACCGUCAAUUAUCAGCAGGAGCAGCAGCCAUCUGAUUAUUGCGCAGUAAAAUAGGAUAUGUAGUACAUAUCUGUCAUAAUACAAUUCUAGAAUAUUAGAACAUUGCAC